AAUUUGGGCUCCAGGAGAAGAAGGCAAAGAGGCUCCAGGCGGGUAUUCUGUGACAAAGGCAAGACCCCAGAUCUGCUUAGAGCGAGGCAGGUGAAGGAGACAGCCAGGUGGGUCCCCACGUCUCCUGACAGUAUGGAUUAUAAGUCAAGCCUGAUCCAGGAUGGGAACCCCAUGGAGAACCUGGAGAAGCAGCUGAUCUGCCCCAUCUGCCUGGAGAUGUUUACCAAGCCAGUGGUCAUCUUGCCUUGUCAACACAACCUCUGCCGGAAGUGUGCCUGUGACAUCUUCCAGGCUGCAAAUCCCUACUGGGCCAACCGGGGUGGCUCAGUGUCCAUGUCUGGAAGCCGUUUCCGAUGCCCCUCCUGCCGCCAUGAAGUGAUCAUGGACCGUCAUGGAGUGUACGGCCUGCAGAGGAAUCUGCUGGUGGAGAACAUCAUUGAUAUCUACAAGCAGGAGUGCUGCAGUAGGCCCCUGCAGAAAGGCAACCACCCCAUGUGCAAGGAGCACGAAGAUGAGAAAAUCAACAUCUACUGCCUCACAUGUGAGGUGCCCACGUGCUCCAUGUGCAAGGUGUUUGGGGUCCACAAGGCCUGCGAGGUGGCCCCACUGCAGAGUGUCUUCCAGGGACAAAAGACUGAGCUGAGUAACUGUAUCUCCAUGCUGGUAGCAGGGAACGACCGUGUUCAGACCAUCAUCACUCAGCUGGAGGACUCCUGUCGAGUGACCAAGGAGAACAGUCACCAGGUGAAGGAAGAGCUGAGCCGGAAGUUCGACGUGCUGUACGCCAUCCUGGACGAGAAGAAGAGUGAGCUGCUGCAGCGGGUCACGCGAGAGCAGGAGGAGAAGCUCAGCUUCCACGAGGCCCUCAUCCAGCAAUACCGGCAGCAACUGGAGAAGUCCAGCAAGCUGGUGGAGACAGCCAUCCAGUCCCUGGACGAGCCUGGCGGGGCCAUCUUCCUCUCGAGUGCCAAGCAACUCAUCAGAAGCAUUGUGGAAGCGUCCAAGGGUUGCCAGCUGGGGAAGAUAGAGCAGGGCUUUGAAAACAUGGACUACUUUACUUUGGACUUAGAGCACAUAGCAGACACCCUGAGGGCCAUCGACUUUGAGACAGGUGAGGAAGAGGAGGAGUUUAUUGAAGAAGAAAAUCAGGAAGAGGAAGAGUCCACAGAGGGGAAGGAAGAAGGACACCAGUAAGGAGAUGGAUGAGGGAGAGACCGUCUAGAUGCAGAGAGACUGGGGAGGGUGGGGAUGGGCCCAGCUACCUUGGUGACAGGCCCAGGGUGGGAGGGGUCAGGGCCCCCGGAGGGGCAAUGGGGAGGUGUGUCUUCUCUCUGCUCAGAGAGCAGGAACCAGGAGCGGGACCUCACCGCUGUGUCCAGCAUCAUGAACCAGAGUUGGAAACGUGCUUGAAACAACCACACUGGAUACUUCUCUACGUUGGUGCAAAAUGGAAUAUUUUGUACUUUUUUAAAAUGUGAUUUUUGUAUAUACUUGUAUAUGUAUGCCAAUUUGGUGCUUUUUGUAAAGGAACUUUUGUAUGAUAAUGCCUGGUCAUCGUGUGAUGGACGAUUGUUAUAAAGAAGGGAAAGAAGCCAGGUUGAUACAGCCACCCACUUCCUCUCCUUGGUGGGAGGGGCUCCGUAGCACUCACAGACCUAGGAAAGGAUAAGGUACUGUAUUUCAGUGUCUAUUCCUGACAUAAGGGACAGCGACUGAGUUCGUGUUACAUGUUGUUUUAAUAAAUGCACAGCGCUUUCUUCCAUUUAUU